UUAAAUAUCAGCAGGCACACGCAACAGUUCCUUUCUAUCAUUUUAAGACCUUAGUGAGUUCAGUUUAACUCUGAGACAUUUUCUCACCACUUGGGCUUACUACUAUGAACACAGGUUAAGACUCUAAUGAAAAGUAGUAGUGAGGUAAGGAAAUGGACACUUAUGAAAAUUGUGACUUCUCCAAAAGGAAUAACAGUGAAAACUGUAAUUCUCCAACAGACGAAGAAACAGAGGAUGAUUACGAGAAUACGCAGCAAUGGCGUCCAAAGCCAGGACAAUGCACCGUCAGAUUUGACUACAAGAUCAUUAUACUUGUUCUUGGUCUUCUCCUAAUGCUGGGUGCUUUAACGUCACUCUGUGCUAUAGGGAUCUUGUAUCACAGAAAAGUUGUUUCCAGUGAGAAACUAAGUGAGAAGUAUAAGAAUGCCACAGCCACACUGAUGGUGCUAGAAGACAAAGCCAAUGAGACAGAACAACUGUAUGAAAUGCUGAAGAUGAAGUAUCAGGAAGUUCAUGAACGUCUCUCUGCAUGUAAUGCUAAUCAAAGCUGUAAACUUUGUGAGGAAGGAUGGAAGUCACUUGGUUUAAAGUGUUAUCACUUCUCCACUGAGAAACUGAACUGGACACAGAGUCGAGAUUACUGUGUGGAGAAAGGAGGUCACCUGGUGAUUAUAACCAGCCAAACUGAACAGAAUUUUGCAUCUUCACAAAUUGGAGAAACACACUGGAUUGGCCUGAAUGACUUGGAGACUGAGGGAAAGUGGAUGUGGGUGAACAACCAGCCCUUAAAGGAGACGGAUGUAAAGUUCUGGUAUAGCGCUCCAGAGGGACCAAAUGAGCCUGAUAACUGGAAAAUGGAGGACCCUUCUGGAGAGAACUGUGCUGCUCUGGGGGAUGCAAAUGGUAACAUACAUAAAUGGUUUGAUGCGUCUUGUAAAAAGAUAAAAAAGUGUAUCUGUGAAAAGUGAAAUGCUUCUUAUUUGCAUUUGUGCCUGAAAAUAUUUGUGUUUUUGAGAAAGUAGGAUAAUUUUAGCUUGAUGAGUCUGAACAUUUGAUAUUGUAAAACAGCUAACAUUAAAUUUACCUGUAGUGUGAUUAUUAAACAUGUUCACAUUCAGCUUUAAAUUUAAAUUCAAGGUAGUUGUGCACUUUUUUUGAAAAAAGAACCAUCCGCAUCUUUUACAGAAUCCAUUAUGUUUCAUUUUCUUCCACGUUGUAAAAUAUCAUUGUAUUUUUAGCUUGUCUUAACCUCUAGAUCAUUAGAAGAUGGUGUGAGAUCAUGUCUGUAGUUUUUCUCCUGCUGUCUUGUGGAAGUCUCUCAAAUUGUGCAGAAGGGAUGAACAGUAACUUUCUUUCAAAAGUUAUUCUCUCAGUUGGAAACCUCCAGAGCGUAAUAACAGAGCAGCAGAUUUUUCCUUUAAUUUUACACCCAUCUCUACACAGUAUACUUAUGAAUGAGGUGUGUCUAUUUUAAUUAGAUGUAAUGUUAAAAUACUCUGAAUAGCAUUAAGGAAAAAAUAAUAAUUAAUAAAAGUGUGUGAAAAUAUAAUGUGUGUGUCUGUGUGU